AUGGAGUUCCCUAUCGUUAACGCUACGAUCAAACUGUCGCCGAUAAAGAAAGAGAAAACAAAGAAGACAGGGAGCAGAUUUGUUGUAAAAGAAGUAAAAUCCGCUGAUCAACCAAAGAAUCCGGUGAAAGCUUGCUCGAAGGUAGUCGAAGUAAGUGUCCCUCGAGAGGCGCUAAAAAACAGAACCAGGCCGCAUUAUGAACAACAAUGUGACGGUUCGUCAAGUGUUCCUCUGAUAGAAGUCAAUAUCAACAAAGUUGGUUUUCAGGUAAGACGCGGUAUGUUUAAAAUACGUAAUUCGAAGUUUUCCAAUCAAUGCUUGUAAUUUUCCCGGGGGGGUAUUUGGGUUAAUUUUUGCUAGGUAUGUGCCACUGGCCUCUCAGAGCCCUUACCCCAUUAUAGUCCAUUCUGUGGCCACUUAUAGACCCCAUCAUAUUCACUUUCGGGCAAAUAUGUAAUUUUCGCCAUUCCAACUUAGCCACUCAAUGAGGAACGCUUUAAUUACUUUUCAUACUUUUCAUCUACAGUACAAAAAGUUUGGUACGUUUGCUAACCGUAAAUAUGAAGAACUGUCUUACCCCUAAAAAUCCGAAAAUGUGCAAACCCAUUCUAGUGACUCUAUUGAAAAUGCAACCCCAUUAUGGUCAAUCCAAUCGUGAUCAUGCCACCCCAUCCAGCGGCACAUCCCCAUUAGCCUCUUGUAAGAAAUUACCCACCCCCCAGGCAACCCCAGGGUAACUUUAUAAACAAGGUUUAUAGAGGUCACGUAAUACAGUCAGCUGUACUGUCAGAUUGCUCAGUGUGGGUGACGAUUCCGAUGAAGACUAAAGACUGAUCAAGACAUAAAAGAAGAAUACGUGAUCAUCUUUAUAAAUGUUUUUAAAGUGUCUAAAAACAAACAGUUAUUCUCUUCAUCUCCGACAGACAUCUAAAUAAGAGUUAGAGAUCUAAAUAAAUGCCAGCGACGUUGUGUUCUGUUUUAAAAGCUAGAUUUCUCUGAAAUCAAGACAUUUUUUGUAAAUUUCUUUAUGCACAGCCCUAAGCGAUACCUGAAUGGGCGAAUAUAGUGACUUUCCGUUCCAAAGACCCUAACCUAACGUCAAUUUCCGGAAAAUAUCUGUUCGGAAGACGAUUUGAGAUCUAGAAUUUUCGGAACAUUUGUUCUAAAAUUUCUUGCCUGCUUGCCUCUCCUAAGAUUUUCGAACAUCUAAAAAAUGGUGUAAUUGCCCAUUUUUAACAGAUUUUUACCCUAAAAAGGUCAGCUAGAAUUUUCGGGAACCUUUUUUCUGGCGGAAAUUUUCGAAGAGGUAAAUUUUGAUCCCUAUAAUUUUCGGAUUACUCGAAUUUCAGCUAGGAAAUCCUAACAGGCGAAAAAUUUUUAGGGGACACAAAAAUGCCUAUAUCUACCGUUUAAAUACUAAAAUACAUUCACAAUGUUAUGUUUAAGUGUUUUGAACUAUAUUCUCGUUGGGUGCCCCUCAACUGAGACCAAAAUGCAAUUUACACCCCUAAGCGGGACAACGAGCAUCCCCGUCACUUUUAUAUGGGAGUCCCCCCGGGCCUUUUUGAAGCGUCGACUAUGAUUUGAAUAUUUUACGAAGACAGGAGAGCUUUCAGCGUGUCAGUAGGGUCAAUCGUGAAAAGACAUGUUGACGGAGCUCAAAAACAAACUGCAAGACUGAAGCGUUGAAAAACCUUUGCUGUUUAGCUCGUACUUGUGACAAAUUUUACAGAGGGAUUUUCUUUUUCAUCUUCCACGGUGCGCUACUUUAAACUACGAUAACAUAAAACGUAGCCCGCGUCGCAAGCAAAGAAAGACCGAGCAACGGGAUUCUCAGCUUUGGCCGCGCGAGAAAUGAAACGAGCGCCAUUUUUUGACUCUCGUUCCCCGUUCUUUGCUCCUAAACCGCACGGAAACCCCGCUUGCUACGCUGGCUGCAUAAAAUGUUAUUUGGUUCUUUUGGGGUAAAAAUUAGGACGUAAAGGCAAUUAAGGGAACAAACCUUUAACACCUCUUUGUUGUUUUAAUCGAAAACAAAACAAAAGUCAAAUAGCUCAGUUUUACGCAGUGAUGAACAAACUAAUUACCCUGAGGCUUGUGAUGUAUUGAUUACAAAUAAUCAUUAGCACUGAGCUUUUAUCUCUAAAAACUGCCGUACAUUGACACUUUAAAUCUGGAGUCCUGCUAUUCUAGGAUCCUGGAUAGCCUGCCCUUUGAGCAAGCUCACUUGUGGACUUCGAGGAAAAUUUCGGCGGCGAAGCCGUUAGCGCGUGAGGAAAAGUGCGCUGUGGGCUCCGCCGCCUAAUUUCUCCCCAAACUGGCGUAAAAGUGAGCUUGGUCACAGGAGGUCACAGGCUAUUGUAGAUCCUUCAUAACUCAUGGGAACAUGUGAGCGUGACCGGUCAUAAUGAAGUGUCCACUACGGGCUAGCUGGCAAAGUUAUCUCAUAAAAAGAUCACACCAGCGCGGAUCAGCUAGGCGGUCCUUUUCCCCUUUCAACCUUUUGUUCUCUUUUUACCUACCCGCUAACUUGCCAGCUCGCAAAAAAGGAAUGCAAAUGCCUGAUCGCAGGUUAAAAGGAUCUUAUCCUGAGAAGGCAGAAGCCUUAUUUAAGUACAUGCCAUCAUAGGACUCGAUUUUCUGGGCCACUUUCACAGGACCACAGUGUCACCUAACUUCCUUUAAACUGCAGUAGGGUCCAGUAGGAUUAGAGUUAGCGGCCUCAGUCGGGAGAGCGCUUGACUGCUGCAGAGCGGUACAUGAUAUAUAUGUCGUGGGUUCGCGGAUCCCCUGGGCCUAAUCAAUACUCCAAGUCUUAAAAUAACUGAGAAAUGAAGAGACUGCUUUUGCCCUGCCAACGGCUUGUGUGGCUCGGAUGACCACGUAAAAUGGAGGUCCUGUCUCUAAUAGAGAACGUAAAAAUAGUGUCUUUAAUUAGUAACUUUCGUCCCAAAAACAUUGACACUCAAAUAAAGCACGUUUUUUCUCAUCAUUGCCUACAUCCUCGAAAUUAUUCCAUUUAAACGGAUUUGGCUGGUGUCCGUAUGAUUCUGAUGUCGACAAGGCAAGAGUUGGCCUGUAUAGUCAGUACACACAGGGAUAUAAUAACAGAUUCCAAGGGGUAUAAUUUGCAUUGCAUGUUGCUAUAGUUGUGGACCCAUAAUUAACAAUUUUGGACAGCAUGAUAUAAUGGCUUAUAUUCGAAUCAUAUACAUGAUGGCUAAACCAUUUCGAAAACUCGACUGAGUGAGCUUAUUCAGAGGGGAUCAAGUGAUCAGAUUUAUGGGCUGGGACGCUCUGUUUAUUACGCCUUUUGAUAAUGAUAGAAGCUAAAGUUUCGAGUCAAGUCAAAUCGCUUAUUUUCUUCAAACACAGGAAUCUGCUAUACCAUUAAAUGUUAUUUCUUAAGUAUUGGAGGUUACAGUUCAGAAUGAUUAUUAAUCGAGUAAGACCAUAAAAGAAGAUUCAAAAAUUAUUACUGUAUUUCAUUGUAACUCACCAAUACAGAACUUGAUUUUACUUCACGGACAGAUUAAUAUAAAUUUACGACUUUGCAAAUUAUGAAAAGACCAUCCGUGUGACCGUGUCUCCAUCAGGUGGUGCCUCUCUUCUUAGGGCGUGUUCGAUUGACUGUAUUCCGCAAUACGAAUAAAUGGAAUAAACUCUAGAAAUCAAUUGCUUUUUGGUGUUCAUUCUCUGAUUGCAAUAUCUAGAAAUCUACUAGAAUUAAAGUAAUCCGAUGUAUGUAGCGUAUUCUAAAAACCACGGUAAAAGAGAUUUGUAUUAAAACUUUUGCGUAUUUCUCAUUCUGGAAUACGAUCAAUCGAAAAGACUGAAGCGAUGACUUACGAUGACCGUUUUGAUUCAAAGGCUCACUACGAGGGCCUGCAAAUCAGCAAUUAUUAGUAAGGCUGAGUAUAAUCUGAAGAAUUUUGAAGAUUAUACUGAAGCCGAAUCCAAAGACUUUAUUAUUUUUUAUUCAUAGCCAUUCAUACUUUACACUGCAAAACAGUCGGGAUUUUUGCUUAAAAUCGGUUUAGCGUAGCUUAAAGAGUCUCACACGCGCGAAGCGCGCAAGCCUCACGCCCCAAUCUCGCUCUCAGUUCUCAGCCUCGCUCCAGACCUUUUGAUUGACUGCUCGCGCGUACUUGAAUACAGAAAAAAACCGUACUGUUUUUUAUUCAUACUUAAAAAAACAAGGUAAAAGAUAUUUACCUCGAUCGAUGGUUAAGUUUUCGCAAGUUGCCUUUCUGCAGGGAUAUAAAGGGAUGAUUUCGUUCGUUUUUUUUUUGCAGAUGUCCUGCACAUUAUUUUACUGGAUAUCGGAAACGUCUCCCAAAUUUGUCAGCGCUAGCUGGUUAUGAAGAAAUAGCCUGGGGGUUCGAGCCAAUCAGAAAUGAUUUUGUUAAAAAUCGUUCCACAGGUGAUGAUUCAUAAGUAAUGGCUGGGGAGGCUAGGUGGGGGACAAAAUCGGUUUUCACCCGCUUGUAUAACCCCCAUCGUGAAAUCAUGAUAAAAUGAAACACUUUUUAUAGUAUUUCACUUCGUCGUUCUCUCCACAUGUCCCCAGGCUCUCUGAAAGUUUUUAUGUUUUCAAUGUAAUACCCUUCGUAAAUAUGUCAUCCACCUUAUAUUGUGUCUAUUCGUAGAUGAUUUUGACAGCCAAUAUGAUAAAAACGUUGACGCACAGGUGAUAUAUAUUUCGAAAUAGUACAAUCAGGAAAAAGAAAGUGUAAUAUGUUUGAAUGCAAAACGAGAUUUCCUGUUGUCAAAAUGAUCAGCUUUUGAUUCGAUGAGAUAAAACCUUCUCCAAGAUAAACAAAGAGGCUUGCCUGCGCCUAGCUUCUUAUCGAUCCAUGGAUAACAAUUUUAUAAGCGUCACAGCCUUGCCUUCAUAUCCAGGAAAUAUCAAGCUAGUUACGUACAUUUCUCAGUGAAAUCAAAGCACUCGGAAUCCGGAAAGGCAGACAAAUUGGACGCAUUCUGAUUGGCUGCAAAUGACUGAGUUAGUUCCCAGUACUUUCCGCGCCAUAUGUGGGAGGGGGGAUUGAAAAUACUCGCGCCCUGGCGAUGAAACCUUCCCCUAAAUAUCUUUGCGAUUGACCAGCGAAACUCUGAGCAUUUGAGUUACGCAUGUUUUCAGUGGUGGAAUUUUUUGCGGCGUUUUAUAGAAUAAGAACUCUGAGACAACUGGAGGAGAAUUUGGCUGCUAGAUAAGUUAACAAAGCAGUAUGUCGGACGAAGAACGGCCACCGGCCCCUCCUUUACGUGUAACUUCCACGAAAGAUUCUUCGCCUGCAUCGAAACCUUUGCCAAGCGCUCCUGUUGAUGAGAAGAAGAAGAAAGCAUCCACAUUUAAAUUCUUUCAGAACAAAGGCGACGAGAAAUGUAUGUAGCUUGAUUUUAAAAAUGCUAAAUGUGCUCAGAGACGAGAAAGAAUCUAUUUCUGUUAUGGCGUCAAUUCGCUAAUGUGAUAAAAAACAAUUAUGUUCUACUGUAGAUUCGAAGAAAAAGCCUGAAAUCUCUUACCCAACACAGUUCGAACACACAAUCCAUGUGGGCUUUGAUCCCGUUACCUCAGAAUUCACGGUAAGUAAUAAGAUUGGCUCGUUUAAACAUACUUUCACUUUUUAUCGAAGUGCUCGCUUGAGGUUAUGAAACGAAAAUCGAUCUGUCAGCUGUCUUCGAUUCGUGUUUGGAUCGAUUGAUUCGAAGCGGUGUCGCUUAUUUUCAGACAUCACGAACGCACAUAACUUAUAACCAAGCCUUGAUUGAAUCUAGGUUGUUUUAAUUUCUGCUGUAAAUUUCUAUCUGCUCGCAAAAUUACGUGGUAUACCGGCGGAGCAGAGUGAAACUUUACAUGUACAGCGAUUUUGAAGUGCGAUCUAUUUCUUCCUGGUUGCAACGCUCUUGAUCAAAUUCUUCAACACUUUUCUUGAAGGUAUAUUUAUUUAAGCUUACGUUUAUACAUGUAUAUAUUUUCCUAGAAAGUCCUCGCCCGUGUGUUGUGCAUUUAAAAUACCCUUACUGAGUUUAUUGUCUGAAUUUCCUUGACGUUCUUACUUCUGUAUGAGCCGGUUCAUAGUAGGUGGUCAUGCUAAACUUCUUAGACUUGAAUAAGUAUUUGAAUUCAUUGAUCAAAUCAUCCAUAGGUUAUAAAUGCAGAUGUUUGCGUCCUCUUCAAAGUUUCCAAACAAAACUCUUGGGCCAUCAAAAGGAUCACAAGCGUAGUUACAUAGUGGGGUGAAAAUGAAAUGCAUAUUAGAAGAGCGCCGCUGGCUAUAUGGUGUUCUGUUCAGUAAAGUCAAAUUUUCCUAGUUAUUUCAAUAUCAGGGCAUGAAUACUUCAACCACAUGACGCGGUAGCGAAAUCAGAUCCCUCUUUAUUUUUGCCCUUUUAAAGUUUAUGUAACUCGUUUCAAAUUGGGAAAAGCUUUUAUCUUUUCGAGCCGGUUUUCAUCCAAAAUUCCGAAGUUGUCAUUAGAACAGGUGCAGAAAAUGGAAUUUGAAGCAAUGUUUGUAUUUAAAGAGAUUUUCUUCUCAUCCUUAGAGAUGCAACGAUUAAGCUCCACGGUAGAUUAAGCUGUGUUGUCUGUUGAGAAUUUAUGCCACUUUAAAUGAUUUUUUCUCUUCCUUUUAAGGCUACAUUUUACAAAUUAUAGAUUGUGAAUUCACUUCAUUGGGCAGGUGGAAAGUUGCUGUCACUUUCAUGAGUCAAAAUUACAGUCUCAUUCGUCCAUUAUUAUCUAAGCUAUAAAUUGAAUUCUAUCCCUUAUGUCACUAAUUAAAGUAACACACUAUUGUUUUAUUCCUGACAUCUUCUCAAAUGUUUUGAAGCUUUGACACAAUGUGCCUGUUGCUGUUAAAAAUCAUGAAAUCAUGAAUCAUGAUGCAGUAGCUAAGAGCUUGUGGUCUUGUGAUUCCUAGUAAUAAGUUAGUUUUUAUGUGUGGAAAAACGAGUGGAUUCUCAUUGCUGGUACAAUAGGUCUGUUUUUCAUACUUGGUGCUUGAUAUGGCUCAAUCAUUUUGAUUAAAUGUAACUUUGCUCUUCAUGUGAUUGUUUAAAGAACGAAUUGCGCUCAUUUUGGUAGGUUUAAGGUUUUGGCAUUUUUGUUCUGUUAUCCGUGAAAUAUCUCUUUUUUCAGAAGGUUUAUUUAGAAUAUUAUAAUUUUGUAAAAUAUUUUGUGUAAUAAAUUAUAAUAACAUGAGGCUUUAUAACCCAAUAUUUCUCACCUUUUGACAUAGCUUCUAGUUUUCAUGGUAAUGUCUGUUCUUAUACAGAGUUGUCAAACAUUAUUAUUUAUUCAUUGCAUUUUUAUCGUAUUUUAUGCGCUUUUGGGACAUAACAUAUGCAGCAUGAGCAAAUUUUUAUGCAUGGGUCACCACAAACCACAAUUUUUUUAUUACUGCAAUAAGUAUUUGCAGUGUAAGGGUGCUAAUAAUUAUUUUUUGAAAAAUGGCAGCCAAUUUUUAUUUAUAACUCUUUGGUCAGCAUGUUAAUUCAUCCCUGCUGGCUGCAUAAUCAUAAAUGAGGCCAAAAAUGGCUAUUAACAUGCAUGAUACCAUGAGCAGGAACAUUUUGAGAUAAUGCCUGCAAGCAAUUGCAUUAUACGGUAUUUGUACAUGUAGCACGGCAUUAUUCCUUGUUCUUUAAUUUAGUCGAAGAAGUAUUAGAAAUUUCUUGUCUUAACAGCUCUGAGUUUUGGUCCCUUCAACCAGGUCAGCAGUUAGCAAUUUCUUUCUCCUUUUCUUGAUCUUCCCUAUAUUGAUCUCAGUUUCUCAGUUUCACUUGUCCAUAAACAUUUUUUGUUUUAAUGUCCAGUAUUUUGCCUUUUCUUGGUCUUAACCAACCUUGUUUUUGUUCAGGUUAUCACAACGAAGUUUUUUAAGUGCACACUGUACUAUAAAAUGUAUAGCAGAUGGUUUUUAGAGGCUGUCACUCAUGAGCUAAGCGUGGCUUGUAAAUAGACAGCUGCCAUUACACACAGUCAUGUACAUGAGUAUCUUUUUGGAUGUUUGACAGGUAAAACAGUAUGCCCUGUGGGACAGAAUAUCCCCCUUAAGUACUUGUUUUUAAAAAAGGGCAUGUCAUGUGAUCCUUGUCAUUAAUUGGUGAUUGUGCCAUUCCCAACAGCAGAAACCUGCUAUUCAUGGCCAUUAUUACUUGUACUAACAAAUAAGUGUAGUGUCUCUCAAUCAGAAGCUGGCUGAUGUUUAUUUUUAACACUUACCGUGCUAUAUAUUGUACUUUGUUGACUAAUGACAUCACUGUUGACAGGGGAUGCCUGAAGCGUGGGCACGACUUCUUCAUACGUCAAAUAUCACCCAAGCUGAACAGAAGAAAAACCCUCAGGUAAGAUCAGUCCUUUCAACUCAUUUCCUUACCAAGUGAACGUUCGUAAAAGUUUUCACAAUUCUGUCAGCUGUACAUGUAUAUAUCCAGGUGAAAGAAUAAACAUUUCACUGAACAGAUCCACUUAGUGUAAAGCAGUGUGGAGAAGCCCUCUGAUAAUUACCAUGGUAAGGAUAAUACUAUGGAAGUGGCCUUCACUGGAAAUGUAAAUCUCGUUCGAUGGUUCAGUCUUUAUCCUUGAUCUUGAUUCAAGUUAUGUAUAGUCAUCUCAAGUUGUUGAGUAAAGGUUUGCAGUAGGAGUUUAGAAUUAUUUUAAGAGUGGACUGAAGGAUUGGGAAAAGCAGAAUUUUGAAUGGAAGAACUCAACUGCUUCCUGAGAAUAAAGGCAAUAUAUUGCAGUGUUUCAUGCCUUGGGCUCUACUCUCUAACACCUCGAUUUCAAUUUUAUAUGAAAACUAGCAUCUAUUGCCCUGUCCACUACUGUGCAUAGGGAUGAUACAGUACCGUUCAAAAGUAAGUUGACAGUCUGUUGUGAGUCUCAAUUCUUGAUUCCUGUGCGAAUUGAGAAUUGUGAAUCGAGAACAAGUUAUCGAGAAACCAGUUGAGGAUUGAGUCUCGCAGAGGCCGUUCUGGUUUGCUGAGUUUCGCAGGAACGAAUUAUCAAGAAUCGAGAUGCAACAAUCAAGGAAUCGAGUCUCGAUUCUCACGAGGAUCGAGAAUCGAGUGUUGCCUUACUUUUGAAGGGUACUGUAAUAAUAAUUUUUGACUUUUACAAUGUAAAUCAAACCUUUGCUUUAACAACAUUUAAGCAUUUUGAUCUGUUGAGGUGCAAGUUUAUACUGAAUGAAGGAAGAUCGUGUCAUUGGGAAUGGUAUCCUGAAAAUGUUUAAUUGACUUCUGAUAAACCUGUGGAAUCUCCCUUCCAUAACACUGUUACUGGUGCAGUUUUUUUGUAUUUUUUUCGGUACUAAUAUGCUUUAAAUAAUUCCUUUUCUUCAGGCUGUUCUUGAUGUGUUAAAUUUCUAUGAAGGAAAUAUUAAUAAAGAGGAAACAACCUCUAAGUUUAUGACAGUGUCAAAGCCUUAUGGUAAGUGAAAUUACAGUGUAAUAUGUUUUUAUUUUAUAUAUUAUUUGCAGACCUCACCUUUGUAGAUGUACCAUACACUUUCAAGAACAACCAAGGGUACAAUAAUAAUAUGGCAAAAUCGUAAUUUGGAUUGUCAAUAUUCAAAUUUAGGUGAACUGGUAAUCAAAAAUCCAUUUUGUUCUGGAUUUCAGAAUCCCAGUCCAGGUUUCCAACCACAGCCCCAAGAAAAUAGCAAAACAAGAUCCAUUGUUUCAUUGUUUCUUGUUCAAACACACUAAAGCCACUGCUUUAUGCAAACUGCUUUUAUACAAAAUGUACAUGUACAGCUGGUACAUGUAUCCAGGGUGAAUCUUUCAUCAGAGACAUCACAAAUGGAUCAUGUUGAGCUACUUGUUUACAUAAAUGUAUUUUUCCCCCGGUCAGUAACUUAUUAAAAUCUGCUCUGCUCGUACAUUUGUAAGUUUUUAUUGUGUGUAGUGUAAAAAGUGCAACCUUGUCAAUAUCAAACAAAAUAAUUAUAUGUGGGCAUUUAGGUUUCUUCAAUUUUUUUCAAUCUCUUUAAAUAAUUGUAUGUGGUUUUAAACUUUUUGGCUUUGUGCUUGCAUGUACAGCUUUAAAUCUAACUUUCUAAAAGUUUAAUCUAAAAUUAACAUUCUUAUCAUAAAACAUUUAAAAGGAUUGAAAUAUUUUUUGUACUAUUAAGCUGUGCAGUAAUAGUGUUUGGUUGGAUACUUCGUACAUAAAGUAAUAUUACUGAAGAAAAUUUCCUUUUUAGGAGUGAAGUAGUAGACUAUGACUCGGAUAGAAUGCAGUGAGGUGAGGCAGUCGCAGGUCAUCGGGUGUCAUAAGUAGACGGAGAGAAGAUGCCACUGAACUAAAAAUAACUUGUUCACCAUUUAGUUGUACUUCUCCUAAGAACAAACAAUCUUCUAAAAGCCUGAAAGUAUUAAUUACGGGUAAACGGAAUUCAAAGAAGCGCAGGAAAUCUUUACCCGCUAGUGGUACAACAAGCAAUGAAAGAAGGAAAGCGUAUAAAGAUGAGCGCAAGUCAUCUCCUUCGCCAACACGUGCUCUUCUUACGUCUCAAUCGGACACUUCAAGUUCACUAACUGGGUCAUCACCAGGGUCAUUAACUGAUGAACUUGAGAAAUUGAUUGUGAGCUCAGAACUAUCACCCACUAAUAAAUACUUACAACACAUCUCUUCUGAUUUUCAAGGUAUUUCCGUCAAGUUCUAACUUUACUACUCUGAAUGAUUCUCUUAAAGUUCUAUAAAAUGAUGAAGUUUCUCGUAACAGUGAUUCAUCUUUAUUAAAACCUUUAAAUAUCUAACGCGUUUAGUCAGUUCUAAUCAGUUUUAGCGUUGAAUAUCGAUCAUCAAGAUUGUACUAAACUUUCUCAUAGUUGUGCGUACAGGUUAAUCAAGAAGGCAGAUGUUGUGGGCUACUGGAUUCUUUCUUCAACAACGUUGUUUCCUUGCACCUGGCAACUAAUAAGCACCCACAAUGCAAACCUUUUUUUUGUCUAAAAUGCAUGCUUGUUAUACCUCUUAGUAUUCAAAAUACUGUGAAGAAUUCUUAGUCAGCAUCUGACUUCUUUUUGAAUCUGUAACAUCGUGAACCAAAAAUAAAAUAAAUUGAACAGAAAUAAAACAUAAUUUACAGCACCACUUUCCACUAACUUACAAUGACAAAUGUGUUGUGAUGAAUGUGCAUUGCAUAGAACAUUGUAAUGUUAGGCCCAGUUCAGAUGUCAGAUGUCAUAAGUGCAACAGUUUUGGUCACCCACACAGUUAACAAUCAUUACAUGACAAAGGUCGCAGCAUGUAGCGUAUGCAUCUUACAUUUGCAUACUAAAGUUUUUCUGCAUAUUUUUUCUUAUCUCAUUACCCUUCUUUGUAAGAAGAGAGAUCAGUCUUAACACAAACCAGUAUGUUAAUUCCCAGAACUGCUUCUUGCAAUGCGCAAACCUCUUUAAUGUAGAUACAGUUUUGCCUUAAAAAAGUUAUGUGGAAAACAUAUGAAGCCAUUUCCCUUUCAAAUGUCCUCUUGGAUUGUUUGAUUUAGCAAGUGAGACCUGGAGUCACUCAAGGCAUUUAAUCAAAUACACAAUAACACCUAUAUCUUUUGUUCUAAGAAUUGAAUUUAUUAUUCAGGAUGGUAGGGGCAGGUGGGGAGGGAGGGGAGGGGGUUAAAGAUAUUGAUGAGGAUGGGGGAGGGGGUGGUAAUGAAAACUUACAUACAUGUAAUGGACCAUAAUCCACCUUCCACACUUCUUCAUAGCUAUGAAACACUGAACUCCUUGCAGUGUUUUGCAUGGGUAAAAUACGCAUACAGUGUACAGUGUACAGUGUACAUGUAUGUGUUUGGGUUCAGUUUUAUCGUUAUGAUUUAAAAUGUUGUUUCUCUCUCUUUUUUUUUUUUGUACAGUAAGCUACGCAAUGAGUUUGAAACAAAAAAUUAAACCAAAGGUGAAAUUGAACCACAGCUCAUGUGUUCGUGAAGUCAUCAAAAUUUUGUCCCAUAACAGGAAAUUUAAACAACCUGUAAAAUAUUAUUCAUGCUUGUUAAUUUAUGUUAUUUUCUUUUUGUUGUCAUCUUUUGUGAAGUCUAAGUGGCCUGCAAAAGUAUGCGUGGUGAUACAUUUGUAGUGUGGUAGAUGUAAAGUUUGUUUUGUGUAUCAUGCAGGUCAAACACAGCCAUCGCGUCCUGGAGUUGGAGAUCACACGUAUGCACCACCUCUUCCGCCACACGCCACGCCUACACAUGUAAGACAGUAAAUGAAGUUAACAGGGGGUAGUUUAUUAGACCAUUAUUAUGAAUACAAAUAUGUUACAUUUAACAUGGAUAUAAACAGUUGACAUGUUACAAGUCAAAAUCAUAUUCAGGUUAAAUUUUUUUUAUCCUAGGUUGAUUAUCUAUUUCCUUUGUCUCCUAGCCCUCAUUAUUCGUGAAUUGAGGUUAGGAGACAAAGGCAAUUGAGAAUCAACCUAGGUGAAAAAAUUUUGAGCUUGGGUACCUAACCUAAGGGCGUGUACUCUUACUUAAACAAUUCCAUAACCAUUCCAAUCCCCUCCUUCUGAUUGGCACUGGUUAGUUAGAGUAGGUGCAUGCAUGUUUUUUUUUUCAAAGAGUUAGAAAAUGUUGGUGGUGCAGAGCCACCUUAAGUCUUCAUAUCCUCAUUUUGGGGAUUUACAGUAGAGAUGCUGAGUACAGCAUUACAUUCUUUCUUAUUCAUGUGAUCCAUACUGAAGGGAAAAAAUGGUAGCAAAAAUGUUCCAGAGAUGCUGCCAAUGAUAUUGUCUGUAGAAGGUGGUCAUACAGUCAUGGUGUUCAUUAGGCAUCCAAAUCAGAGAAUUCCCCAUUUACUACACAGAAUUCUCCACCCAAUGUGUGAUAGCCUAUGACAAUUUUUUGUUUAGAUUUAGAUAUGGAGCCUCUUUCACCUUAUUCUCCUGUAAUGUUACACCUUUCUUCUGGUACUAGAAUUCUUAAUGAAAACCCUGACAGAAUUUUUUGGUUUUCAUGUAAUAUGUUUGACAGACUUUGGCAGCAGAAAAUCACAGUGAACAAGUGAAUGAAUCUGAAGCGGAUGUACCACCAGCCAUUCCUUCAAGGCCUGAACACACUAAAUCCAAGGUAUUUUCUGCAGUAACUGCUUCACUGGUCCUUUUGUGUUUGUGGGCAAUACUUCUUAAUUCAGCCUCAACCUUGGGAUCAAGUUGAAAUUUUACAAAAAUUUAAUAAUAAUGCACAUGGUGGGCUGCUACUAAUGGGUGGCCUGUGUGGCUGGUGGGAUUAGUUGGCAAGUGUGCAGCAUUCAAAACUCAGAAGAAAUGUGGCAGCCAACAUUUUCCCUCAAGGCUUUGCUGCUGGCUUCGUGUGGCAGCUCUGCUGCCAAGAAAGUACCUUUCUGGGUAGAUCAAUCCCGCCACCUACACAGGCUACAAUACCUACCAGGUACAUGUCAGUAUCACUGCAUGUACUUUGUAAAGUGAGCUCCAAUCAUUACAUGACAAAGUCAAACUCAAGUUGUCCUACAGGAGAGUAAAUAUUUUCACAGUAAAUGAAUGGGUCUCUCAAAGGUUUCAUCCAGGGAACAUGAAGUUAAGGGUUACAAAUAUGUAAGGAUUUUCUUGUUUUAAUUUCAGUACAUACCAAAUGAAGUUUCCAUAAAGCCCUUAGCCAAGGAAGAUGAUAAAGGUAAUCCAUGUUUUGUUAUAGAUAAACUUGUGAAGGCUUUUUGUUGUGUUUAUGCUGGAUACAGGUUUACAAGGUUUUUUUAAGUUGCUGUAACCACUUAUUUUGCUGCAAAUUUGUGUUCAAAACAGUGUCUCAAUUCUUUUUUGUGUUUCAGUGGCUUCACAUGAUCAGCAACAAAAGCCACAAACAAGAGAUAGGAAGAAGAAAAAGAUGUCAGAUGAAGAGAUUCAUAGCAGAUUACGUACGUCAAUUAUCUGUUCUCUGUCAGUUUCGUUUAGAGACUGAAAGUAACAGAUGUCCGUACAACAGCUGAUAUUUAAUGUGUGUAUUUUUAUUUCAGGUACCAUAGUUAGUGUUGGAGAUCCCAAAAGGAAAUACACAAAAUUCGAAAAGAUUGGUCAGGGGUAAGAAUUAAUUAUUGAACGAACUCAUUUUCUUUUAGCAAGGUUUGCACAUGUCUUGAAAACCCUUGAAAACCGUUGAAAACCCUUGUAUUAUAGAGUCCUUUUUCAGUUGAAUAUGAUUUGUUGCAACAAAUGCAUUACAUUAGUCAUCCAUAGACCAGAAAAAAUUAAAGUUAAUUUGUUAUUUGCACUUUGCAGGGCAUCUGGUACAGUUUAUACAGCUAUUGAAAUAGCAACUGGACAUGAGGUAAUAAUAAAGACUUUAAAUUAGUGCAUUUCUAUUUCAAGUUCAUUUGCUUUGUUACAGUUAAUUAUUUUUAGUAGCAUUACAGCUCUUUUGGAUAACACAUGACCUGCAUUGUGGAAAACGUUUCAGGAUUUUGGGUUUAUCUUUGACGUCAAUCAAACUGUUACCACAACAUCCAAUUCUUGCUUGUCAAAUGAGGGUGGCAAUAAUGAGCAGAAGUUGCAAAAUUAAAUGUUGGCGGGAACGUACCGAUUUGUUUUCACCCUUCCAUAUCUGUGUUUCUUCUGGAUUUGAAAGCUCUAUAGGAACAAUUUCACUUUGGGUAUCUUAACUUGCCAUGUUUCAGUAAGAAGGUACGGAAACUUUAGAGCUUAAACAUGAAAAGUUUACAUCACACAACAGAACAUCAAAGCACAAAUCCUCCCAAUUGACGAGGCACAGAGCAGGAAAACUUACUGCUCUCUUCAAAACCACGCAAACUCUGAUGUUCAAAAGCACUGAACACUCAAAACGGAUGGGAAUCCACCAAUCACAAAUCACAAACCAUGACCUUUCAAACCUGUUUAAGUAAACUUUUGUUUCCGAAGAGGUUUGCUAGAAAGCGUUGAGCCUUCAGAUUUUGUUUGACGUCGCAGAAACACCCAAAAUGCAAAGACAUUUUUGACGUCAUAGGUCAUGUGUAACAAUGGGAAAGACUAUUUAUACCAGGCCCCAGUUGUUCAAACGUUGGAUAGCGCUAUCCAGCUGAUAAAUCACUAUCCAGCGGAUAGGUAUUAGCGAAACCAAUUGCAUUAUCCACUGGAUAGAUUUUUAUAGCGAUUUUUAUUUUUUUAUAGCGCUUUCCAACGUUUGAACAACCGGGGCCAGAAGUUUAUCUGUACUGUAGGUUGAAAGCAUUAUCUAGUCAACUCUCUGUGAAAAAAACUUUUUGAUGGACACCCAGAGUCCUUCCCUACCAUUCCUCAGAUUUUUUUGACUCUCUAUAAGGUAUACAUGCAGGCAUCUCUAAGAUAUGGAUGCUUUGUUUAAGCCCCAGUAGUAUUCAGAGAGAGUUGAUUACUAACAAUGCUGAAUACUUGUACCAAUGCUGAAUACAGUCAUGUACCAAUGCAUUUCUGUUGCUUUUCUUUCAUAACAAUAAAUAUUGUGUAUUUUUGCAUGUCACAUGUAAAGCACAAUAUUUAAGAAAAGCCAAAAACACACAUCUAUGAGCAGAAAAUAUAAACAAGUAACACCUAGCUAGAUAAUGUUGCAACUUUUUGGUAACCUCAUGAUGCCAUUAUCAAGGAAUUGGAAAUAAAUAAAUGCAAUUUUAAAAAAAGCACUCUAAAUUUCUAAUGAGUUUACAAUGUAUGAAAUUGCCAUAUUUUGUGUGUUUUACUUUACUACAAGGUAUUUUCUGCAGUAACUGCUUCACUGGUCCUUUUGUGUUUGUGGGCAAUACUUCUUAAUUCAGCCUCAACCUUGGGAUCAAGUUGAAAUUUUACAAAAAUUUAAUAAUAAUGCACAUGGUGGGCUGUUACUAAUGGGUAGCCUGUGUAGCUGGUGGGAUUAGUUGGCAAGUGGGCAGCAUUCAAAACUCAGAAGAAAUUUGGCAGCCAACAUUUUCCCUCAAGGCUUUGCUGCUGGCUUCGUGUGGCAGCUCUGCUGCCAAGAAAGUACCUUUCUGGGUAGAUCAAUCCUGCCACCUACACAGGCUACAAUACCUACCAGGUACGUGACACUCAAAGGUUUCAUUCAGGGAACAUGAAGUUAAGGGUUACAAAUAUGUAAGGAUUUUCUUGUUUUCAUUUCAGUACAUACCAAAUGAAGUUUCCAUAAAACCCUCAGCCAAGGAAGAUGAUAAAGGUAAUCCAUGUUUUGUUAUAGAUAAACUUGUGAAGGUUAUAUUAUUUGGUGUGUCUAUGCUGGAUACAGGUUUACAAGGUUUUUUUAAGUUGCUGUAACCACUUAUUUUGCUGAAAAUUUGUGUUCAAAACAGUAUCUCAAUUCUUUUUCGUCUUUCAGUGACUUCACAUGAUCAGCAACAAAAGCCACAAACAAGAGAUAGGAAGAAGAAAAAGAUGUCAGAUGAAGAGAUUCAUAGCAGAUUACGUACGUCAAUUAUCUGUUCUCUGUCAGUUUCCUUUAGAAACUGAAAGUGACAGAUGUCCUUACAACAGUUGAUAUUGAAUGUGUGUAUUUUUAUUUCAGGUACCAUAGUUAGUGUUGGAGAUCCUAAGAGGAAAUACACAAAAUUCGAAAAGAUUGGUCAGGGGUAAGAAUUAAUUGUUGAGCAAACUCACUUAUUUCUUUUACCAAGGUUCAGGGUCGGCCAGGUUUUUGGGUAUACGAUAUACAGGGGCUUUUUAAAUCGGGUAUAAGGUAUAUUGCAGCUUAAAUACGGGUAUUCGGUAUAUCACUUUCUUUGAAUUUCAGGUAUAAAGUAUACCUGGGUAUAAUUUUGGGUAUUUUGGCGAAUGUUUUUUGGGGUAUACUGGUAUACCACUACCCCCCUGGCUGACCCUGAAGGUUUGCACGCGUCUUGAAAACCAUCGAAAACCUUUGAAUUUUAUAGUCCUUUUUCAGUUGAAUAUGAUUUGUUGCAACAAAUGCAUUACAUUAGUCAUCCAUAAACCAGAAAAAAUUAAAGUUAAUUUGUUAUUUGCACUUUGCAGGGCAUCUGGUACAGUUUAUACAGCUAUUGAAAUAGCAACUGGACAUGAGGUAAUAAUAAAGACUUUAAAUUAGUGCAUUUCUAUUUCAAGUUCAUUUGCUUUGUUACAGUUAAUUAUUUUUAGUAGCAUUACAGCUGUUUCGGAUAACACAAGACCUGCAUUGUCAAAAACGUUUCAGGAUUUUGGCUUUUUCUUUGAGGUCAAUCAAACCGUUAGCACAGCAUCCAAUUCUUGCUUGUAAAAUGAGGGUGGCAAUAAUGAGCAGAAGUUGCAAAAUUAAAUGUUGGCGGGAACGUACCGAUUUGCUUUCACCCUUCCAUAUCUGUGUUUCUUCUGGAUUUGAAAGCUCUAUAGGAACAAUUCACCUUGGGUAUCUUAACUUGCCAUGCUUCAGUAAGAAGGUACGGAAACUUUAGAGCUUAAACAUGAAAAGUUUACAUCACACAACAGAACAUCAAAGCACAAAUCCUUCCGAUUGACGAGGCACAGAGCAGGAAAACUUACUGCUCUCUUCAAAACCACGCAAACUCUGAUGUUCAAAAGCACUGAACACUCAAAACGGAUGGGAAUCCACCAAUCACAAAUCACAAACCAUGACCUUUCAAACCUGUUUAAGUAAACUUUUGUUUCCGAAGAGGUUCGCUAGAAAGCGUUGAGCCUUCAGAUUUUGUUUGACGUCGCAGAAACACCCAAAAUGCAAAGACAUUUUUGACGUCAUAGGUCAUGUGUAACAAUGGGAAAGACUAUUUAUACCAGGCCCCAGUUGUUCAAACGUUGGAUAGCGCUAUCCAGCUGAUAAAUCACUAUCCAGCGGAUAGGUAUUAGCGAAACCAAUUGCAUUAUCCACUGGAUAGAUUUUUAUAGCGAUUUUUAUUUUUUUAUAGCGCUUUCCAACGUUUGAACAACCGGGGCCAGAAGUUUAUCUGUACUGUAGGUUGAAAGCAUUAUCUAGUCAACUCUCUGUGAAAAAAACUUUUUGAUGGACACCCAGAGUCCUUCCCUACCAUUCCUCAGAUUUUUUUGACUCUCUAUAAGGUAUACAUGCAGACAUCUCUAAGAUAUGGAUGCUUUGUUUAAGCCCCAGUACUUAGUAUUCAGAGAGAGUUGAUUACUAACAAUGCUGAAUACUUGUACCAAUGCUGAAUACAGUCAUGUACCAAUGCAUUUCUGUUGCUUUUCUUUCAUAACAGUAAAUAUUGUGUAUUUUUGCAUGUCACAUGUAAAGCACAAUAUUUAAGAAAAGCCAAAAACACACAUCUAUGAGCAGAAAAUAUAAAGAAGUAACACCUAGCUAGAUAAUGUUGCAACUUUUUGGUAACCUCAUGAUGCCAUUAUCAAGGAAUUGGAAAUAAAUAAAUGCAAUUUUAAAAAAAGCACUCUAAAUUUCUAAUGAGUUUACAAUGUAUGAAAUUGCCAUAUUUUGUGUGUUUUACUUUACUGUCCAGGUGGCAAUCAAACAGAUGAACUUGUCACAGCAGCCAAAGAAGGUAGUGUGCAGAUUUGAACUGAUUUAUACUCUAGACAUUCAUGGAUGGUAUAAGACAUGACUGGUGGUGCAAAAUAAAUUCCUGAACUAAGAUCUACAGUUGUAUCAAUAAAUUUUUUAGCGCAAUGGGUUCAUCCUGAUACCUCAGUAGCUUUGUUGUAAUUUUUAAAUUUUAUUUCAUGUAGUUAUUAAUUUGUUUAUUUGCUCACACACUGACUCAAUAGGUAGACUUAAUAACUAGGUAUGAAUGACUUUGUACAGCAUCAAACAUUUGAAAUAAUAACAAUAAUAAUCCAUGGAUUUAAAAGUAACACCCAUCACUGCAUAACAGUAUACUUUUAACAUCAACUAGCAAACAUCAACACCUGCUGCUCUGUUUACUGUAGGAAUUAAUUAUCAAUGAAAUUUUGGUGAUGAGGGAGAAUAAACAUCCAAAUAUUGUCAACUAUGUGGAUAGUUACCUUGUGGGAGAAGAGCUUUGGGUAAGUCAACACUUAUUGAAGUUAUAAAUAUAUAAAACUAAUCAUAAAUGGGAGCUGCGGGGUGAAGAUUUAUAUGAAAGAAGAUCAUAAUAAUAAUAAUAAUAAUAAUAAUAAUAAUAAUAAUAAUAAUAAUGCCUUUAUUUAAUGAGGGUAACACUAAAUAGCCCAAGGCUAAUAAACUUGUGGCCCUCAAAACACAAUCUUACAAAUAUUUAAUAUCUAUACUAAUAAAAACACUAAAAAAACUAUUUACAAUGUCUAGGUAUAAAAGAUUAUAGAAUAGAAAGACACUACUAUGUAGAUGCAACUUUUGCAGUUGUGAAAAGAAAGCAAUUCAGGCUUGUACAGGAUUCAAACCCUUGACCUCUUGUGAUACCAGUGUAGCAUUCUACCGAUUGAGCUAACAAACCAACUGGGAGAAGGGUUCGAAUCCUGUACAAGCCUGAAUGUUUUUUCAGGCUCUCUUUUUGCAACUGCAAAAGUUGCGUCUAUAACUGCGUUGAUCUUCUUCCAUAUGAUUGAACACUUAUUACCUCAUCAUGUUACUGCGGAAUUUACAUAUAAAGUUACAGUUGCAUUCUUCUAGGUGUUACUUUUAUUGUUCUUCCUCAAAAUGUUUGGUUUAUUCUCCUCACCAGGUUGUUAUGGAGUAUUUAGCUGGGGGCUCAUUAACUGAUGUUGUCACGGAGACAUGUAUGGAUGAAGGACAGAUCGCAUCCGUUUCUAGAGAGGUAAUUGCACAAGACACAAGAUUUUAAAUAAUGUGUUAUUUUCUUAGUUGAUGGUUACUCCUAGGAUGCCGGCACGAGUGGGUGGAAUGUGACCAACCAGGUCAGUUGAGUUUGAAUUGGACUGUUGAUGACAGUGACUGAUGUUUCAAUAAUCUGCGUUGAAGUCAAUGGAUGUUUCUUCCUCCCCACCUAAACCCCCUCUCCCUCUCCCACUCUGUCUUUUUGGUUGUCCAUCACCCUGUUGAGCUGUAUCAAUAUCAGCAUGACUAAUUCAUAACAUUUUGCAUUGUGAUAUAGUGCCUUCAAGCCUUAGAGUUUCUGCACAGCAAUGGAGUAAUUCACAGAGAUAUAAAGAGUGACAACAUUCUGUUAGGAAUGGAUGGUCAAGUCAAACUUAGUAAGAAUCUUUAAGCUCUAUUUUGCUGCUUUUUCAAAUUGCCUCCACACCAGUCUGUAAGUGUGCAUACAGUACUGUACCGUUUUGUGGUUCAAUUUUAUCCUCAGGGUAAAUUUUGCUUUCCUUUUUUCCCUGUUACCAUACAAAGGAAAAAAAAUUGCUUCAAGGGUACAUGAGGAUAGAGUGUGUGGUUGUAGUUAUGCCCUAGUGUCAAUACAUGUAAGUCAGCUUUGCAGUUUUACUUUUUUAAUAGUUAGAAGUACUGAUGGAAGGAUAUUGUUUCAUUUCUGUUGUUUAGCUGAUUUUGGUUUCUGCGCACAAAUAACACCAGAGCAGUCAAAACGUUCUACCAUGGUAGGAACACCUUAUUGGAUGGCGCCUGAAGUGGUGACCAGGAAACAGUAUGGUCCUAAAGUGAGUUUUUAUUCAUCAGUUUAUAUCCAACAUUAAUGUACUCAAACAUUGAUUUAAGCUAAUAAUUGCAGGUGAUCAGAGUAUCCACCAGCCCUAAUACCCUAAUCUAUAGGUUGGUAUGGCAGCAUUCCCAGCACUUUUAUGUGGCCAUCAUUGGUUUGAAUUAAGGAAUGCAUAGAACACAAUCUGAUCAUGCACAUUAUUUUGUACUCUCUAUAUCUCAAAACUUAUCGUGUGCGUUUUGAUCUUCUACCUUGUUGUGUAGCUUAUGCAAAGCACAGCAUUCUAGAAAAAGCAUUUUGACUUUUGAUCUAUCACCCACACUCCCUAAUUUUUGGUUAUUACUAGUAUUGUCAAAGGGUAGAUAAAAAAUCUGUGGUAGAUCUUGCCACCCUCUGUAGACAUGGCACUCCAAUACAUGCCCGCUGAUCUCUGUGGUGUUUCUCUGCUGUAGGUGGACAUAUGGAGCUUAGGAAUUAUGGCAAUUGAGAUGGUAGAAGGUGAACCACCUUAUCUGAAUGAGAAUCCUCUUAGAGUAAGUACAGUAUCAGUCAUCUGAAUGAUUUGAAUCAUUGUUGAUGAGACAAGUACUGUUUGUAUUGGUUGUAUGAUUAUUGUAUGGAUGCAGCAUUUUAUUUCCAUGUCGUUGACGUUCAUAAUAGUGAGCAUGUCUGUGCCCAAACUGUCUUGUUUGGAACUUUGAAUCCUUUCAAAGCUCUCUUAAGGUAACCAUAAUGCAGGAGCUUACCACAGCCAGAAGUCUUGUUACAAAGUGACAUUGUUGUUAUUGUUUUGUUGCUCUGCAGGCUUUGUACUUGAUAGCUACAAAUGGCACACCAGAACUCGCUCACCCAGAAAAACUAUCUCCAGUAUUUAAGGAUUUCUUGUCACAGUCUUUGGAAAUGGAUGUAGAUAAACGGUUAGGCGCCAGGGAACUGCUUCAGGUAAGCACACCUAACUAUUCCUUUGGCUUACCCCUUAGUAAGAACCGAUCUUAUGUAGUUAAAUUUAUGUGUAUUAUGGUGUAACAAUUAUUGCUGCAAAAUUCUGGAUUUUUUUCAGCUUAAUUAAUUUCAGAAGAUUUGAUGCACAGAUCCGAGAAGUGUCUUAUAUUUUGCUCAUUUUGUCCAAGUUAUCCCUAUUUUUUGCUCAAAACCAGAAGAUCAACAAAAUUAUCAAACUAUAAUUAUUAUUUUAAUUCUUGUUGUUUAUUAUUUCUUACAGCAUCCAUUUUUAAAGCAGGCCAAACCACUUGCAAGUCUGGUGCCACUCAUUCUCGCUGCUAAGGAAGCCAGCUCCAGAAAUUCGUAG